AUGGAUACUAGAAGGAAGCCCUCAACCAUGGCAAUCGAAUGUUUGGAAAUGUUCCAUGGAAUCGAUCGAACUGCAUUCAGGAUGCUGACGCAAGUCCUUCACCGUGAAGUUAAACAGUCCCUCAUGGUCAUGGCAUUUCUACUGUCAAUGGAGACCAUGGGACUGAAAGGUAUUGUGCAAACAGCCAUAAAAAAUGAAGGCUGGUUCAUGAACAGUCUUGCCGAGGAAUGUGUCAUCUGUUUGCAAUGCCUACUAUCUCAGGAGUUCUCUGGGGUUGUGGAGAAAUCCAGCAAACUCGAAACCCUCGGACACGUGCUGAAAACUGAGCUCACCUUAUACCAGGUUCAUAGGAUGAGAUCCGUCCUCCUAACGCUAAUUCCCGAUACCCUAUCAAACAUUUGCUCUAGAAUUAUAGGCGACAUAACAAUGGAUGCCGUGUGGUUGAAGUAUCAGAGGAAUCCUAAAGAACUAUUGGGUUUCAACACACAGGACCAGUGCAUAUCGGUUGCACCAGAGGCAUUGAGUAGACAUAACAAUGGCCGAGGAUUGCAUAUGCAAUAA